UGUAUUAAAUUUAUGGUUACAAUUUUUUUAUUUGUUUAUUUAAAUGCUCAUUUUUUAUACGCAACAACUUGUUUCUUUCAAUCUUGUUCACAUAAUGGAUGGUACAUUGAAAAAUUAAAAAGCAGCAUUGAAACGAGGAUUAUGUCAUCAACAACAAACGGCCAAUUAUUAAUUUCCUUUAUUUAUAGUUUAUCAGUGUCUCUUUUCAUCGGUAUUGGUGAUAUUUUACCGAAAAAUCAAACCGAUUUAAUUGUUGUUAUGUUUGGAAUUAUUUCAGGAAAGCUUGUUUUGGGUUAUUAUAUCGCCGAAUUAAUUUCGUUAAUCACCUUAAAAACAAAUUCAUCAAUGAAAUUUCAAGAACACCUCUCAGCAUUGAACUUUCACAGCAAAAAACGAAAUAUUCCUAAAAAAUUGGAAAAAAGGAUCAGGAAUUUUUUUGAUGUUCAAUGGGAAAGAGAUGAAGCCCACUUUUAUUUAACAAAUCAACCCAUAACAAUAGAUGUAUCAUCAACAUUACAAAGAGAAAUUAAAUCAAAAGAAUGCCGACAAAACAUGAAUCGUUUUAUAAUUUUCAACGACUUAGGAGACGAUUUUAUCACCUACUUAAUGGAAAAUGCUCGAAUUAUAACACUCGGACCAAGCGAAAUCGUCACUUACUUCGGAAGCAUUAACCGAGAAAUGUAUAUUAUUUGUAAAGGUUAUUGUCUACAACAAACCGAAAGUAACACUUACAAAAAUUUAAGUCCCGGAACGGCAAUCGGCUUUUCUUCAUUACUUUUCGGAUUACCCUCAAUGAAUAAUACGUACACCUCAACGCAUUGUGUGCUGAUUUAUAUCGACGUUACCACUUUUAAUAACGCCUUACGACACACCGUGGGUUUGUACAAAAUCGUUUAUAAAGCGAGGCAGAGAGUUUUAGCGAAAUACAACGCUAAUUAUGAAGUUAGAAUGAUUGAAAAUCCUCAUUAUACUAAGAUGAGGGGAGAUUUUAAGAUGAAAAAUAAGAAAAUUAAUGAAAAAUUUAUUACAAAUAAAUCUUUUAUAAAUACAUAUAAGUAUUGUAUCUAUAACAAAGAAAGUUAUGUAAAACUUUCAAACGGACCAGGAAAAAUAUGUUUUUUAAAAUACCUUUUAAUGCCAAUCGCAAUCCUUCCAAACGGAUUAUUUAUAAUAACUUGGCAAAUAAUACGGUCAAUAAACAGUUUGGUAACUUUUAUUUGCAUCCCCAUUGAAUUCGCCCUCGCUCCACAUCAACCGAACUUAUAUUAUUUUUUACUAACGACCGAUAUAAUUGCUUACAUCGAUACUUAUAUAAGGAUGCAUUUGAGUUAUUACGACCAAUUAAAUCAACUUGUUAUUCAUCCUUGGACAACAGCCGAACAUUACAUUAAGGGAUCAUUUAUUCUUGAUGUUCUUAUUUGGUUUCCUUAUUCAGGAAUAAUUCAAGGAGUUGCUCGAAGUCAUAACGAAGAUCACAGUGUAUUUUCUCAUUCGUUGAGUCCACAUUUUUUACACUGCUCGGUUCACUUAAUAAAAAUGUUUGAUUUUUAUAAAGUUGUAUGGGGUAUAAAAUAUUUAAGUGAGCGAUAUCAAAAAUGCAACAUUUUUCAUUGUUGCAAAUAUUUUUUUUAUUCCCUAUUAAUUAUUCAUGUUUGGAGUAUUAUUUUAAUGGUGAAUACAUGCGAAUAUAAGCAUAUUUCUGAAAUUGAUGAAAAUGUUACUAAAUUUCGUGGAAAAAUCCAUUUGGAAAUCCAAGAUUAUAAUUAUUUUUGUAACGAAAACUCUUUCAUAAACAAUUCUUUUUAUAAAGACUACACCGAUGUUUGGCAAGUUUAUAUAAGCUCCGCGUACUGGACGGCGCAAUUAAUGACUUUAAUCGGAUUUGGUGAUAUUCAAACUAAAACCAAACGUGAAUCUCUCUUUGUUAUUUUUAUAAUUGCAACAGGAAUCGUAUUUUAUACUUACGUUUUGAUUGAUAUCGUCGGUAAAAAAGUGAAACAUUACACAAGAUUACUUUUAUACGAAUCCAAAUUUUUACGACUAAUUAAUCACCUAAAAAACGAGAAAGUAAAUAGCGCCGUUACUUUUAAUGUAAUUGAACAUCUCCAAUAUUAUUGGAGACGAACGAACGGCUAUGAAAUUUACGACUUAGUUUCACCAUUAAACAGCAGUUUACGCGAAGACACCAUGUUAUGUUUAUACGAAAGCACAUUAAGGCACGUUCCACUUUUCGAAAAUCUAGAUCACGCCUUUUUUAGGGUUUUUGGGAAGGAAUUAAAAGAGAAAUAUUUUAUGGAGGGCGAUAUUGUACUUGGAAGUAACGAUAUUGUACAGGAUAUUUAUAUUAUUCAUAAAGGAGCGGUGCGAAAUCAUACAAAAUCAUUUUUAUUAUUACAUUUAUAA